UGCACUACGAUACAGGCGUCAGGAGCGAGCGGCGCUGGCGUGAAGAGCGAGCAGCAGCACGCAGGCUGGCAGGCAGGCAGGUAUGAAGGGCCACCCGGCACACACACGUUGGUAGGCUAAGACCGGUCAGUCAGCGAUGUCCAAGAGCCUGAAGAAGAAGAACCACUGGACGAACAAAGUCCACGAAGCGGUGCUCACCAGGAACAAGGAGGGCGAGCUGGGGUUCGAGCUGAAAGGCGGCGCCGAGAACGGCAACUUCCCCUAUUUCGGGGAGGUGAGGCAGGGCAAGGUGGCCAUCCAGACCGGCAAGCUGGCCCAGGACGAGCUGCUUCUGGAGGUCAACGACACGCCGGUGGCGGGGCUCACCACGAGGGACGUGCUGGCCGUCAUUAAGCACUGCAAGGACCCGUUCAGGCUCAAGUGUGUGAAGCAAGGAGGUGUUGUGGAUAAAGACCUCCGCCAUUACCUUAACCUCCGCUUCCAGAAGGGAUCAGUGGACCACGAGCUCCAGCAGAUCAUACGGGACAACCUCUACCUCCGCACUGUGCCCUGUACCACACGACAGCCUAAGGAGGGUGAGGUCCCAGGUGUGGACUACAACUUUGUCAGUGUUGACCGGUUUAUGGAAUUAGAGAAAAGUGGGGCCUUACUAGAGAGUGGAACAUAUGAAGAUAACUUCUAUGGCACGCCCAAGCCCCCAGCCGAACCCACGCCCAUGCUGUUUAAUGUGACUGACCAGCUGCUGCCGGGUGCCCGCCCCAGUGCCGAGGGGAAAAGGAAGAGGAACAAGUCGGUCAGCAACAUGGAGAAGGACAGCAUCGAGCCGCCCGAGGAGGAGCAGGAAGAGAGCCCCGUCGUUAAUGGCAACGGCAUUGCAAUCACGCCAGAGUCAAGUGAACAUGAAGACAAGAGCACCGAUGCUUCGGGUGAUGUGCCCCCCCAGUCGUGUCCACCUGAGACCCCCACCCUCACAGCCACAGACGCCCCAGAGGAGGAAGGCGAGGCCCCCAAAUCCCCCCCAGACUCGCAGGGCAACGAUGAUCUGGGACCGCUGCCUGACAACUGGGAGAUGGCCUACACUGAGAAAGGCGAAGUCUACUUCAUAGAUCACAACACCAAAACAACAUCAUGGCUUGAUCCACGAUUAGCGAAGAAGGCCAAACCACCAGAGGAAUGCGAGGACGAUGUAGCGGCAGACGUGACAGAAUGGCUUCGAAGCGCCAUCGCCCAUCAGAGGCCAAAAAAACGACAAAAAGAUGCAGAGCUACCGUAUGGCUGGGAGAAAAUAGAUGACCCUAUAUAUGGCAGUUACUAUGUUGACCACAUUAACAGAAGGACGCAGUUCGAGAACCCUGUACUGGAGGCCAAGAGGAGAAUCCAACAGCAGCAGCAAAUGCAAAGCCAAGGCCUCUCGGCCCUGCCGCUGCCCACCAUCUACAGAGAGAAGCCUCCGUUCACGCGGGACGCCACCCAGCUGAAGGGGACAUUUCUGUCCACGGCGCUGCAGAAAAGCAGCAUGGGCUUCGGCUUCACCAUCAUUGGCGGAGACGAACCAGACGAGUUUCUACAGGUCAAGAGUGUCAUACCGGAAGGACCGGCUGCGCAAGACGGCAAGAUGGCAACUGGUGACGUCAUUGUCUACAUCAAUGACAUCUGCGUUUUGGGCACCACGCAUGCGGACGUAGUCAAGCUCUUCCAGUCAGUUCCUAUUGGUCAGAGUGUGACCCUAGUGCUGUGCCGAGGCUACCCGCUGCCCUACGACCCGGAGGACCCCUCGGCCAGUUCCAGCAUGGCCCCUCUGGGUCUGGUGGACCACCCGCUCCUGCUCAAUGGAAGAAACACCUAUGAUAACUACAUGGAGUACAUGUCUUUGACUGGCCGGUUGGUGCCUGAGCAUGGCGAAGGUCUGCCUCAGGCGUCCCAUCCUGGAGACACCCAUCUGGACGGCUCACAGCCGCCCUCCCUCACCACGCCUGGAGCCCCGCCUGACGACAGUGUCUCCAUGGCAUCGUCGUCAGGGGCAACAGCGGGGGCCCAGGCAGCUCCGGAGCUUCUGAGCCUCACCAUGACCAAAGGAUCAGAGGGCUUUGGCUUCACCAUAGCAGACAGUCCUACAGGCCAGCGAGUGAAACAGGUGUUGGAGCCGCAGGGGUGUCCAGGGCUGUGUGAGGGAGAUCUGAUAGUGGAGAUUAACCAGCAGGGGCUGCAGGGACUCAACCACUCACAGGUGGUCCAGAUCCUGAAGGACUGUGCGGUGGGCACAGACGCCACCCUCGUCGUCCACAGAGGUGCAGGAACAGGACACUUCGCUCACUGGGAUGGCGCCAAACAGUGGGACCCCCAGGGAAGCCCCCAGACCAGCCUCUCAGCCCCUGGCUUAUCGCACAGUGCCCCCCACCCUGGCCAGCCGCUCCACUGCACCUCAGCCUCCGACACAGAAGGAGUCCACCUUAGCAAGCCUGACCCUUACGACCUGUACGAGAAGUCCCGUGCCAUUUAUGAGAGCAGACAGCCUGGGCCCCCACGAACGCUGACUGACUCCACAGGUGUGGAGUACCAGGAGGUGGAGGUGCACCUGCUGAGGGAGAAGACGGGUUUCGGCUUCAGGAUCCUGGGAGGGGACGAGGCGGUGCAGGCUAUCGUCAUUGGAGCGAUAAUCGAGAACAGCCCUGCAGAACGGGACGGGCGGCUGCGCCCAGGCGAUGAGCUUGUGUCCGUGGACAGGAUGCCUGUGGCAGGCCGACCACACCGCUACGUCAUAGACCUCAUGCACGCCGCCGCACGCAAUGGCCAGGUCACCCUUACUGUGAGACGGAGGGUCCUGCCUCAGCCCAGCCAGCCGUGUGGAGAGAAUGGUGCAGUGUCCAAUCAAAGCAGCUCCCCCCGAGGCCAUGCAGUGUGUCCAGUCAACCUGCCGCCCACCACCGAUGUAGUCAUCCACAGGAAAGAGACUGAAGGCUUCGGCUUCGUCAUCAUCAGCUCCCUGAACCGACCUGAAAACACUGCCACAAUCUCCGUGCCACACAAGAUCGGCCGCAUUAUUGAGGGCAGUCCGGCUGACCGCUGCGGAAAGCUGAAGGUUGGCGACCGCAUCAUGGCCGUCAACAGUCAGUCUAUUAUCAACAUGCCACAUGCUGACAUUGUGAAGCUGAUCAAAGACGCAGGCCUCACCGUUACGCUGCACAUCAUCCCUGAGGAAGACGUGAGUGGCCCCCACUCCGCCCCUACCUCAGAGAAGCAGAGCCCACUGGUGGCACAGAAGCACAGCCCCCAGACCCAAUCCAGCCCAGCAGCCCAGCAGAGUCCCACUGUGGUACACCCCAGCCCGCCAGCUCCCCAUCCCAGUCCGGCAACCACUCAGCCCAGCCCCCAGCUGGUGGAGCCAGGCCCCGGAGGCCCUCAAAGCAGCCCAGCCGUUACUCAGGCCAGCCAGCCUGUGAGUCAGCCCAGCCUGGAGGCGGUGCAGUCAGGCCCGGUGGUGACUCAGACAGGCCCUGUGGUGGAUCAAGGCAUUCCGGGUGUUACAGGAGUUCCAGUUGUUUCGGGUGUUCCGGUUGUGUCGGGUGUUCCCGUUGUUCCGGUUGUUUCGGGUGUUCCGGUUAUUCCAGGUGUCCAGCUCAGCUCCAUUGGUGGGGUACCGGUCCCAGUGCCCCCUCAGCUCUACCUCCAUGACAGCAGCUACAGGUCGGAGGUGAAAGCCAGACAGGACGUUAAGCCAGACAUCUGCCAGCCUCCGUACACAGACUACAGACAGCCUCCUGUGGACUACAGACAUCCACCAGUAGCAGACUACAGACAGCCUCCAACUAUGGACUACAGACAUCCACCUCCUCUCAUCGACUACCGACAACAUUCAAUCCCAGAUUACAGACCACAGGACUAUGACUACUUCACUGUGGAGCUGGAGAAGAGUGUGAAGGGCUUUGGCUUCAGCAUUAGAGGAGGGAGGGAGUACAAGAUGGACCUGUUCGUGCUGCGGUUGGCUGAGGACGGUCCUGCUAUCCGUAACGGCAGGAUGAGGGUGGGCGAUCAGAUCAUAGAAAUAAACGGGGAGAGUACGAGGGACAUGAGUCACGCCCGCGCCAUCGAGCUCAUCAAGGCAGGUGGCCGACGGGUGCGUCUGCUGCUGAAAAGGGGCACAGGACAGGUGCCCGAAUAUGACGGUGCCGCCCCCUGGAGUUUCUGUCCCUCCAGCCCCCCCUGCCUUGCAGAAAGUAGUGUCGCCUCACUAGCGCGACUCAACGCCCUUCACCAUCGCCCAUCAUCUCACCCAGCCUCCGCUCCGCCGGCCCCCCUCAUAGGCACUGCAUGACGGGUCCUGGACCAGACAAGGUGCUCCCUGGAGGCCAGCUUCGCUUGGUGCCACCAGCUUUGUGAAGUUGCACAUAGAGAAGGGGUGGCAGGUCCAUCCAGAAGAGCUGUGCUUAAAAGUGGCAACCAGACAGGAAGGGAAGAACAAGGGGAGGACAAGGGGGAGUUAUAUGAGUGCAAACAGCGUGUGACAAGACAUGACGUCCAAGGAUGAAGGGAAGGAUUGCCGUCAUAGAUUGUCUGAUCCAGGCUUUUUGUUUUUUUACGAUGAGGAAAACAUGGUAGUUUUACCAGGCCGGAUUUAAUGGCAGCUCUAGCAGCCUGGCUUGCACAGACGCGCUACGGUUUGAUUCUGGAUCCAGAGCAGAGACGCUGUCCGAGAAGACCAGACCGGACUCUUCACGUCUGGUCUUCCUGCCCGUUGGAUCCUCGCUCAUUUUGCUCCUCCCGCCAUCUGAGAGGGAACCGAUCCCCUUCAUUUGGUUUCUCAUGUAGAGGUUGUUUAUUUUUUCUAUUGUUUCGAGUUGGCUCCUGAAGCACUCCUGAAGCUCCUGAGCAUCCAGUGAAGAAAGGUGACAAUUCAGACAUCUAUGUGUAGCAUGAAAGGGGAUUCCAGGCCACCAAGAAUCUGCGAUGAACUCGAAUAUUACAUGAGUGUUGUGUUUCAUUAUUUGUCAGUGUGAAUCCACCGUAGACCUUCUGAUGUGCACUGAUGUGAAGGUAAAAAAGGCAAAGAGAACCAUUGUGGUGCUUUUCCAACGAGAGUUUAGACAGGUGGAGGUGGAAUGAUAUAUUUUUUCAUUUUUUGUUUAUUUUUAUUUAAGUACCGUAAUGGAGAGGGGGAGAGCAAGAGACAAAACAUCACAUAAAAGAAACAUAUCAAUCAGCAACCCAACCAUAAAAAGACUUGUAGCUCUAACCAUCUGUAAUACAGUAUCUCUGAUGCUAUGGAACAUGUGGUACUACGUUAUAUUCCUAUGAAAUGCAGUCCAUUUAUGAAGGCAGAAUUUUUUGUAACUCAGUAUUAUCUUGACUGUGGACUGUACCGAACCAAACCUGCUUACCACUCUUCUCGCAGGAUUCCUCGAAGCCUCAGUGUGUCAUUCCAGCCUCAUUCUCCCUGUACUGUGCUUCAUGAACCACACCACUGUGGGGCUGGGGCCCCGUCCCAAUCCUUACGAGCAGCCCUCCCUCGUCUCCUUUCCUUCAAGGCCUCUAACUUGAAGGGACCUUAGUAGGUGGAUGCUGAACGGUUGAGAUUACAUCCAGACAGUGGGAAAGCAAUGGAUUGCUUUGCUUGAACUGUGCUACCUGAGACUUUGGGAGUUUUAGUAAAGAAUCACCUGCAGAAGAGGGGACGAGAAGGUGUUUGCCUCUGGGUAUUGGGGCAAUAGCUGAGUCUUCAUAGCUGAGCAUGGCUGGAAUGGGACCCAGUUGUAUGGGGCAGAGUGCCUUACUGGCAGGAAUGGGUACAGCAUGAGAGCCGUUGUCCAUCGAGGCAACUGAGAAAGUUGAGUAACUUUAAGUAGAUCCUGUUGGCUUUUGAACAAGCUCAGAGUUUUUUUUGCUUUUCAGUAUCUCAUUGAAACAUGCAGCUGUAGAAGUUGUUGCUAAUGUUAAGUCACUUUUCUCCAAGCCUAUAGUGUGUCUGCUCGUGGAUAUUGAGUUCAAACAUUGUUAAAAAUAUACAUUGCUCCAGGCAAGGAUUCAGAGUAAUUUGUUCUAUCAAUGGUCCAGUAGACUGGUGGCUGUUUCACUAGGGAACUAAUAUAGACACUAUAUGAGAUAGAGAAGACUGCAGUUGUGACCUGCUCAUUUCUCCACAUUUCUGUUCAUAGUGAAAUCAUAACCGCACAGACGUUUUUGUUCUUGAAACGUGGAAGAGCAUAAGAAUGGCAAGAACAAGAUCUUUUACACAUGUAAUUGAUCACACUGUAAAAAUGAUUUAAUUUUAAAAAGUAAGAAAAUGUGAACGCCUUAAAUUUUAGAUUUUAUUGAAUUUCAAAAAAGUUCAUAGAAUUUAUUAGAAUGUUGAUCUAAGCUAGUAAAAUAGAUUUAAUGGUCUGUUAAAGGUGGUUUGGCAAAAAGAAAAUCAGAUUUUAUUUUCCACUUUCCUGUUGUCUAAAAUGACCCUCUAGCGUUCAGCAAUAAGUUUAGUUCAUUUUAAUAAUUCACAAUAAAUCAUAUUGCGUCAUAAAACCACUCUGACAAGUUGGGAUGUAGGGCUCCCUGAAAGUUUCAUGCAGGGGCUGCUUGGCUCACCUCACUUCCUCAGCAAAACAUGACAAUUUUGAUAAUCCUACUCUCUGUUUUGUUAUAGCUCCAUAAUUCCCUCUCCCACUUAGGAUGUAUCAAGCUGAAUAUAAGCAACAUAUGAAUAUAAGUAACAUGGCUGUAUAUCAAUAUACUGUAUGCCAGUGGUUUCCAACCUGGUCCUCAGGGCCCCCAGACAGUCCACUUUUCCCUUAUUUCCUAUGUGUCACGAGUUGGUUUGGAGCAAAACUGUGGAACGCCUUGGGGGUCAGAAACCACUACUGUAUGCAAAUGGACUAAAUUGUAAUGGUUGUUGCACCUUGGCUGUUGAAGUAAAACUGUUUUGUUUUUAACCAGGAUAGGACACAUACAUUACCUAAAGCCCACUAACAUCUCCACAAACAUACAUUCUUCACGUUUCAAGUUAAAACAGUCUCAAAAAUGCUAAAAUUUGCAGUUUUGUAGAUACUCUAGCAUAAGCUUUUUUUUUUCCAUUAGCAGCUUCAGUAUAUCUUCAUAAUCCACCUUUCCCUCUGAAAAACUGGGAGACACUGUCUUCCCUGUUUUUUUUUCUUGUUCCUUGUUCCUUUUUGUUUUUCACGGUGCUUUUGAAAGCCUAAUUGUGUAUCAAAUUUACUUAAAUAAAAAAUGGAAUUAUCAUUCUUCUUACAGACCAGGCUAAAAAAACCCACAAAAUUCUUGUUUUUCUUACAGAGUGGGACCAGGCUACAAUAAAUCGAAAUUCUCAUUCGUUCUUGGCAUCUAAUUAAUCAAGAGUAUCAAUUAAGAGUCUUUCAGUAGUUUUAAAAAUUACAUCCAAAAAUAAAUUGGAAAGAUACAAUCCAUGUGGGGCCCCAGUGUCUUCAGAGCCUUUGGAGUACCACCAUUUACAGAAAACAUGUUGUCAAUAUUAGCUCCAAUGCUAAACUAAGGAAGCAAAAUUUGGACGCUAAACACGUGUCUAAGUAAUUCUUUUUUUUGCCAAACUGUUUCUUUAACUUACUGUUUGAAGUUCAACAAAGUCAUCGUUUUAAGACAUAACUUUUUUAAGGUAAACCAACAAAUCUUUACAGUGCAAGAGGAACAAGUCUGUUGUAAAAGAUCUGUGUCAGAGGCCUACAGUGAUUAAACCUGCAGCUGCUGCCUGACCUGCCACAUUAAUUAUCCUACGAAGCUCUUCUUUAGCAGCAAAUUAGUCACCAAUAAUAGAGUCCAGCUUCCUGAAAGCAUCGCAUCAUUAAGAUACAAGAUAUAAUACCAAAGGUUAUCUUAAUUACAGAGUGUAUGAUACUCGCUCUACCACAUUAAGAUGGUCUUUGUCACAUAAUUGAUUAAGAUACUGAAGAAAAGAUAUGUAAAGUGAGGUAAAGAUGGUAGAGACGAAAGACUUUCACUUCCUGCAGAAGUAGUGGCUGUACUGGCCUUUUCUGUAGAGGCCAGUCCACUGAAACUGGUGGCUGAGAAUGAGUCCCAUCUGUUUAUAUACCCUGAAAUCAACCAGCUGCAUCUCCUUCACCCUUGCUAUGAACUUUUGACCGGUCUGAUAUCAGUCACCAUCUUCAGUCUUGCUGAUACUCAAAGCCAAGCAGGAAGGAAGGAGAACGUAUGUUGUGGUUCCUGUUGCUGGAGGACCAUGUGCCAUGAAAGACAAACAUUUCUCUGUUUUGCCUUUACAUGCAGUACGAUUAGCUUAAAGUACGACAGGCCUCUGCUGCUUUCCUCACAGCCUGACAACCGUGCCAACCCACUUCAACACUGAAAUACGCAGAAUGUAACUCAUGAAGAUGUGAGGUUAAAGUAGGAUGGUGACCCAAAUCAAAUCACAUAUCAGUUUGAAUGCACCAGAUUUGUAGGGGGGCAAAAAGUAGAAAAAAACAUGAUGAAACUGCUCCCUGGUUCAUAAGGCCCUGCAAGUUUUGUACCUAGCACAUCCAUUUGUACCGGUUCACACGAGUGGGUGCAGUGUGCUAGAUUUAAUUGCUGUUUACAUGAGGCGAUGUACGAAGAAAAAGAGAGAGCAUUUAUUGCACAGCUCUAGCUUUUACUGUUGAAGCUGUAUCCUGCCUGCUGUGGGGGAAAAAAGGAAAAAAAAAAACAUUUUAUAUUACUAAGGAAAAUAUUGAAUCUGUGAAAGAUGGCACAUUCAAGGGGCCCAUUUCAGAUCGAUAUUACUGUGUAGUGUUAGAUGUGUAUUUACCUUGUACAGCUGUACUCCUAUAAAUAUGGUUUAAUGUAUUAUUGAUAGUUUCAAAGACUUAAGUGAUCAAAUAUUUUUAUGAAAUGCAACAGUGCGGAUAUAUUAAAUUUUGCUAAACUCUUGUUUACCUGUACGAUAUUCUGAAAUACUGUCAAAUAAACUCUUGACAUGGUGUAAAGUAUUCAUUUUAUAGUACUCAUUAUACUCAUGUCCGUUUAUCUGAGUGUGAGCGGUUGUUAAAGGUACUGAAAGACAACAAAAUAAAAGAAAUGCUCAGAA